AGAUCAUGAGUAGAACUGAUCCUGUGCGAAACCACAGAGAUUGAUCCGGAUAUGACGUUUUGUUUUCUACUGGAGCGAUUCUCGGCGCAGUGUGCAGUCCUUUGCGAAGAGUGAUCAGCAAGUUACCACAGACGUGUAGAAUGGCAGAAGAGGAGGACGACCCUACCUUCGAUGAAGAAUUCGACGAUUCGGGCAACGGUGCUGAAGCAGGUCAUGGCAAGAGAAAAAGGCUGUUCUCCAAGGAGCUACGGUGCAUGAUGUACGGCUUUGGAGACGACCAGAAUCCAUAUACCGAAUCGGUGGAUAUUCUCGAGGACCUUGUGAUCGAGUUCAUCACUGAAAUGACACACAAAGCCAUGUCCAUCGGACGCCAGGGCCGUGUCCAGGUUGAAGACAUUGUUUUUCUCAUUCGCAAGGACCCCAGAAAGUUCGCCAGAGUCAAGGAUCUUCUGACUAUGAACGAAGAGCUGAAGAGGGCCCGUAAAGCUUUCGAUGAGGCCAAUUAUGGCUCUUAAUGACCUGCUCAUGUCGGCGAUGCAACCACCUGGUGGUGUCUGUUGUUUUUAUCCACCUGGCCUCCAGUCAUGCCACAACCCCCCUGAUUGACAUGUAGCAGUGAUCUCUUUAUUGGCUACUGACAUGGAAUUCUACUGUUUUCAUUGCCAUUAUCAACGGACUUAUUUUUUGUCAAGGAAGCUUGUUACCACUAACAACAAGCUUGAACCAUGUUUUUUUUAUUUGUAGUAAAAAUAAAGUAGAAUCAACUCUUUA